UAUCCACGACUGCCAUUCCAGUUCGCGUUUGUUGCCCGUGAAGGAUGCCUUCUGCCAACCCUAAACUAGAGAAACAGGCCUCUACGGAGGCCACAGAACCAAUACGCCAAGCAAUUACCGUAAUCGAGCACAAGAUACGAAACUUGGAGAAACGUAAGGGCAGGUUAGAGUCACUGAAGGACCUCCAAAAAAACGGUAAAGAAUUGAAUAGUGAUCAAACAGCGGCAGUUGCGAAGUAUGAUGAAGUACUGCAAACUCUGGAAUUUACUCGAGAGUUGAACAAGCAAAUUGUUGGUAUUGCUAAUGAUUCCGCGAAACAACAAAAGAAGCUGGCAAGAAAGGAAGCAUUGGAAAGGGUGCAACAUGAUAUCGCCAAAGUACGGGAAGUUCUUCUGAUUCAAGAUGUUUUAAUGAAUAUUGGUGACAAUGCAGUUCGUAACGAUUUUUUAGCUGGUGUAAAUGGUGCAACGAAGCUUUCUCGAAAAGAUUUGAAAUUCUUGGAUGAUCUUUACAAUGAAGUGAAUGCUAAACGUCAACCCGAACCUGGUGAACCAUCUUUUUCUCAGCAGCUCCAAAAAGCAGCUGAACAUUAUGUGGCAAUCAUUGAAGGGAAACAGCGUGAGGUUGUAGGGACAACUUACAAUAGGCUUAAAGAAAUUGUUACCUUGGUGAACGAAUGUGGUUACUUCGAUCGAGUUCAAGUGCAGGAAACUAUACCCACUCUUGAAUAUUGCCCCGGUACUUUAGAAGUAGAUGCCUCAUUUGAAGUUGUGGCGGUAGGACCACCAAUAAAAACUGUUAUUGAUUGUGCAGACCAACCAACUAAAGAAUACAAUUCCGGUGAUGUUCACAUUCCACCCCAAGAAUCAAUGAUUCCAACGCCUAAUUUUCCUGUUCAAGUAACACCCGUUCCAGUAGUCUCUGGUACAACUCCAGUUACUGGUCCUAUACCUGUCGUAGCCCCUCAAGCUAUUCCUCCACAUCCUGCAGCACCUGUUGAAGCGCCGUAUUAUACUAAUGCUGCUAAUUAUGUACCACCACCACAACAACAACAGCAGCAGCAACCACCACAACAAAAUCAACAACCUCAGCAACAAACACCACGUAUUAAUGAUGUCAUUGGCGGAACUCCUAAUUUUUUCUUUCUUCAAGAAUCUGAACUAGAUCCUCCAGAUGUAGCUGGUCAACAAGCACCUAUUGUUCAACACAUUCCACCAGCGGUUAAUGCUCCAAUUCCUACUCAAACUUUUACGAAUCAGAAUUUCACCGGUGCACCUGUACCAGUACCACAACAAGUAAUUUAUCAACAUCCACCUCAAGAGAUGCCUCACAUUCCUGGCUUCGCUAAUCCAAAUCCACCACCACCAAUACCAAUGCCUCCUUCACACCAACAACAGAAUUUGCAGUAUAGUCCUCAACAUCCUACAAACUUUCAACAACAAAAUCAAACGAUUCAAUCACAGCAAUCUCAGCAACCUGGUUUUGAUCAACAACCUCAACCGGAGACUCAACCCCAACCCACUGAGGAAAAAAAUGAACAGCACCAAAAUGAUUCAGCAGUAGCUGCACCAGAAACAGAUCAUCCAAACGAAACAGUUGAUUGGUGUCAAAUACCAGAGACUCCGAUGAAUGAAUGGUCUAAUGAUAACCAACAACAAGAUUCUGGACAUCAAGAUCAUCAACAAUCACAGCAACAAGGAUGGGGUGAACAAAGAAGCAGUUACAGAGGUCGUGGUGGACGAAGAAAUAACACAAAUGGUUACAGUGGUCGUGGAAGAGGAGGAGGAUACCAACAAAACAAUCGUGGUGGCAGUGGACAAGGUACAUAUUAUCGAAAUGACAGUAAUUAUCAAAACGGCUACCAACAACGGAACUAUAACAACGAAGGAAAUUCGAAUUAUAAUGGCAACUUUAAACGUGGUGGUGGUGGUGGACCUCGCGGCGGUUCAAGAGGUGAACGAGGUGGAGCCGAUAGAGGAGGUCGUGGAGGUCAAUUCCGUGGUCAAAGAGGAGGCAAUCGUGGUGGAUACGCAUCACGGGGAAAACCACAAACGCAACAAUAAUUCACGACCUACGGGAAUAAAUAAUCGGUUUUUUUCAUACAGUUUUAAUAUCGUCAGACUGUCUUUUCGAUGAUUCGUUUACAAGAAUUGUCAAAAAUGUUUAUUGAGUAGUGCAGGUUAGACUCAAAUAAUGAAUAAUUGAAAUUAAGUGUGUUGAAAUUACCAAUGUUCAUCAUGAUUCAUGAUUCAUGAUUCGGAUGUUGGAUAUGAUAUACUGUUUUCUGUAUAUUUUAAAAUUUAUAGCUAAAUUUAUCUCAUUUUCAUUGUCUCAACUAAAGAGAUUUUCUUUUGUUUUAUGUGUUUUUUGAUUAUUUUUUGAACGAAUCAUUGAAUUACUACGCUUAAAAAACUAAACCUGCUUCUCGUAAGUUGUGCGGAAUAUAUAAACUGGAAUUUUUUAAAAACAUAUAAUUCACUUGUCGUAUAGAUAGUAGAUAAUACAAAUAACACAUUGAAAUGAUGAAGUAUCAUUGCUAGCAAAUGAAAAACAAUUGGCUAAGCAGUGUAUUACAAUAA